GGUCUCGUUACAAAGACUUCUUCAUACGUCGAGGAUAUCAAAGCUACUGUCAUUGGUGAAAACGUGAUCACGUGGUAUUGUCAAGAUGGCGGACAACUGGGGCAGUUUCUGAGCAAAAAUCGAGAGAAAUCCCUAAAAUCAUCACCGGCGCAGUGGAUAUUCCGAAAUCUGGUGGAGUCGAGACUUAAACUGAUUGGAGAAGAGUUAAACACCAGCACAGAGCUCAACGAUGGCUGAGGAAGAAGGAAAGGGCGUUGAAGACGUUCAGAAGCCUAUGGAACUUGAAGGAAUAGACUUUGGACAGGCACAUUUCCAGGCAGGAUUUGGGCAGCCUGUAGACCCAGACCAAGUGGUGCCCAUGAUGGGGGAUAUGCCAGUGCCUGGGGAAAUGAACGGUGGAACUGCUCUGGAUUUCGGACAGGCACCAACUGUGGAACCGAUAGACAUACCCAAAAGACCAGAGGACCUACAGUUUGGGGACAGAGAUGACGAGGUCCCACCCUCGGAGCCUGUGACAGGAACACCUGUAUGUUUGAUACCUGACUGCGAGGAGUGUCCCCUCGACAUGACCCCUCGCCCGGCCGGAGCCGAGGGAACGCCCUCUCCUGGAGGCUCAGACCAGCCAACAGGGCUGGACCCCAACGCUAAACCUUUCGCACUUCUGGACCCAACAGCCAAACCGUUUGAUCCAGUUAUUAAACCGACGCUGGACCCAAACACGCCACCGUUCCAGCCAACAGCACCCAUCUUUAACCCUGAUGUGCCAUCCUUUGACCCCACUGCAAAGCCAUUUGACCCCAAUGUCGCAUCCUUUGACCCUUUAAUACCCUUUCUGGACCCCAAUGCUCCCAUCUUUGACCCAACUGCAAAACCUUUUGACCCAAAUGCUAAACCCUUUGACCCAACUGCCCAGCCCUUUGUGCCUGAAGAGCUUGUGCCUGAAUUAAGUCCAGAAAAACAGGCACCUGAAGAGGUUGCCUUUGGUCAACUAGAUUCACCAGGUGUCAUUCAAGAGGAGAAAGAAAAGGGAGAAGGUAAGAAAAAGAAGAAAAAGAGAAAGAAGAGGAAGUCGGAAGGAGAUGGAGGAAUAUCUUCUGAUUCACCAAGUACCCCAGAGCAUCCCAAACCACCACUGGGUGCUGAAGAGCCAGUCGUGCCUUCCGAUGUUGCAGAGCUUGAAGGGGCAGAAGCCAUGAAAGUAAAUGGAGAUGGAGUGGAGAAACAUGAAAUCGAAGUGACAGAGAAGGAAGAUGUAAAUGAUGUCGUGAAAGAAAUACUAGCACAAUCAAAACGGCAAGAAGAAGUUGCUGCGCUCAUGUCUCAGCCAAAAGUUGAAGAUGUUGGUCCUGACGACAUAGAGGCAGAAAUUGUAGAUACCCCUCCACAAGAGGCUGAGGAGGGGCAGCAGCAAGGUUUCUUAUCAGAGCAGGCUACAAUAGAGGCCCUGCUAGGAGCUCGGCAGGAGCCAGAGGAUUUGAUAGAAGAUGUGUCACAGGAGAUAACAGGUAGUGAAGAGGUGUCCACACCUGGAGAGGCAGACUUGGAGGACUCUGUGCAAGAUGCAGAAAUCACAGAGACCUCGGAUUUUGAGUUUGUACCAGGUGAUGAGAUGGAGGAAGAAGAGGUACCAAAGAGUCCGAGGCAAGAGGAUGGUAAUGCGGAAGCAACAGCUGUCCCAGAAGUUCAAGGACAAAAGGAAGACCUCGGUGAUGUAGCCCCAAGUGAAGAGCCAAUGUUAAUCAUGGGAAUGGAAGAAGAAAAAGAAAGCAUGGAGGUAACUGAGGCAAUGCCAUCUGGUGAACAGCCUGUUGAAGAGAUUGGUGUUGCAGGAGAAGAUCAACAAAUGCCACAAGCUGUGUACGACCCCUUCAACGAAUUAGCAGAGCAAGACCCUCUGAUUGAGGAAGGGUUACCUCCAGAACUGACCACUGGUUCUGAACAGGAUCCUUUGGUAGAAACAGGUCCUCCUCCUUCUGGAUUCCAAGAUGCUGACUUCUUCUCGGAUCUGGCAGUGAAGGAGCCAGACGCAGAGAUGCCACAGGAGGUUCCUGCGAGCCAGGGGGAUUCCUCAGAGGUAGGCCCCCCUCCCCAGGAGGGUCCCUGGGGAGAGCCAGCAGCAGCAGCACCAACAGCUACUGAUGACAUCUGGGGGUUUGAUGUUCAGGGUGGUGCUGUAGAUGACAAGGUGGAGACGGAGUCGCCCCAAACGCCUGAGGCGUCAACGUGGGACAGGGACUUCCAACAGCACAGUAUGCAGAGCUUUGCUUUCUCUGAGCAGGAGAGACAACCACAGGCCUGGGAUGCAGUUUUCCCCAGUGACGACCCACCACUGGAACCAUCUGUUGCCCCACACCAAGCUCCCAUCCUGGAGGAAGGUGCUGAUGUAUCGGAUGUGGCAGGAGAAGCCCAGCCAUUUGAUGCGGUGUUCCCUCCAGACGAGCCUGCUCCCGUCCCCAUGGCAGACAUCAGAGUGCCUACCAUACCAGAGGAGAGUGAGAGCACUCCUGAAGUAACUCCCACAGAAUCUGAACCAAGUCAGCCAGAACAAGAAGCAGAUCUAGAGGAGGAGGUACCUGCCAUAGCACCUGAUUCACCUACAUCAGACAUCCCGGCAAUCACGGUGUCUGAAGUACCCAAGGUGGAGCCAGAUGAUGAGUUCCUAGUUAGUGUGGAAACUGCCAGCACAGGAGACAUAGAGACAGUCGCAAUGGAAGCUGAGGUGCUCGAGGCGGCACCCAACGAUAUCACUGAUGAACAAAUUGUUGCACCCCCUGACGUCAUUGCUGACCAGGUCCAGGUAGAAGAGGCGAGGCAGGCGGAACAGGUGGCCCAGAUGGCAGCCAUAGCUGCGCAGCAGAAGUGGAUGGAAGAUGUGGAGCAGGUUGUCACGGAGACGGGCAAGUUGGAACAGGAAGUGGAGCAGAUUGCCACGGAUACGGCCAAAGCUGCAGAAAUUGUGGAAGAGGCGAUGGAAAGCGUUGUGGAUGAAGGAAUGAGAAUGGAGGCAGCCGAGGUAGCGACAGAGGUGUUGGAUAGGGAUGAAGAGAAAGCUGUUGGUGUGGAGGGUGUGCCCGAGGUUCCUCCUGUUGUGGGAGCUGAAGAGAGAGCUGGUGGCUUGGAGGAUGCAGUUGUGGCUCCUCCUGUCCAAGUUGAUGUGGGAGCUGAGGAGAAAGUGCCUGAGCCAGAAGCUAUGCAAGUGGAAGCUGCUGUGGUUGCAGAACCUGUUGAUAAAGAAGAAGUGAAAGAGGAAGCACCAAAGACUGAAGCUGUUGCUGAAGUAAAGCCUCCAGAGGAAGCUAAGGCAGAAGAGAAGGUGAAGAAAGCCAAGCCUGCAGCUGCGGCAGCUGCCAAAACCAAGACCGCUGACAAGGCUGCGCCGAAGACUAAACCUCCAGGGAAAACUGCUGCUGCAAAGCCUGCUGGGAAGGAUAUCACCAAGCGACCCACCCCGCCAUCGUCUGUGUCAAAAGAAGCUCCUCCUGCUAAGAAGAAGUUAGGUGCUGUUGGGGCGACUAAGACUACAAAGGCUGCAGAACCAACGAAAAAGCCAUCAUCUGUCUCAGAACCGAAAACUAAGAAGCUCACCAGGCCUGCAACAGCGCCAUCUGCCAAGACCACAGGUACUGCAGCCACCAGGGCGGCAAAACCUGCCAGUGCUCCGGCAAAGACCACAAAGGCGCCACCUAGCGGGGCAGUACCCAAGACAAAAACAGACCGCAAGCCAGGUGCAGCCAGACCCAAACCUUUGACAAAGGCUGCAGCAACAGGGAGCAGUGCUGAGGAACAAGCGUCGGUGGAUUCAGUUGAGGUAGCUGUGGACGCUGCUGCUGCUCUUGGCGACCAGGUAACCCCAAAACCUUCUGCUGCUGCAAAAAAGCCUGCAGAGAAGAAGGCUGGUAUCCCGACGAGGACAGCUCGACCCAAACCUGCAGGUGCCGCUGCACCGAAGGCAGAGCCAAAAACAGCUGCCAAGAAGCCGGCUGGCACCCUGGGAACAAGAACAGCUGCUGCCAAAACUGGGGCAGCUGCAAGACCUUCAUCAGCUACUGCAGCAAAGAAGGAACCAACGAAGAAGCCAGACACAGCAACAAGGCUUGCCUCUGCCAAAACAGCUGCUGCCGAUAAGAAGCCUGCCCUGGGAGCCACAAGGAGGCCUGCCUCAGCAACUACAUCUGCUGCAAAGAAAACAGGUGCAACACCUGCCACAAGAGUACCUGCAGCAAAGAAGGCUGAUGCCACAGGUGCCGCAGGGAAGGCAACACCUAGAGCGCAGUCUGCAGCUGCAGCCAAGUCAGCUGCAGAGAAGAAGACACCAGCUACACCUGCAAGGGCAAAGUCUGCCCCUGUAGCAGGUGCUGCUAAGGCUGCCCCAAAGGCUGGGGCCAAGGCACCUGCCACACCUGGCCUGAAGGCAAGACCAAAGGCGCCGGCAACACCUGCAGCCAAGGACGCAGUCAUGAAGAACAAGGCUAAGACUCCAAGUGGGAAGGGAGCCCCAACACCAGGCAGGACUCCAGGCAGGGGCAUGCAGCCUUUUGAGCAGUACAUCAGUAGAGAAGCCGUGGCAGAGGGGUUGAAGAAAGGAGACUUUAUCAAGGGUGCCUUGAGAAUCAACGCCAGGAACUUUGAAGAUGCCUAUGUUCCUGCUCCGGAUGGCAUGUCAGACCUGUACAUCCCGGGGCUGCAUGCUCGUAACAGAGCCCUGAACGGGGACAUUGUGGUGCUGAAGGUACUGCCCAGGUCUGAGUGGAGGGUCUUACAACAGGAAUAUGAACUUUUUAAAAAUCUUAAGACAGCUGCAACUUCCGAUGGUACCAGUCCAAUGACACAGCUGACAGAAGGCAUGAAGCAGUUAGCACUACGCACACCUGAACCAGCAGGUGCCCAGGCAGCAGUAGACACCACUGCUGGACCGCAGUCUCCACUUACAGAAGGCAGUGGGGAUGCUGCAUCUUCCAGUGGAACUGCUGGGUCGCCCAAGGAGAGCGACUCCUCAAAAUCAUCGGAAAAAGAAGUCGGAGUGAAGAACGAUAGAAAAAAGAAAGAUCCUGCUGGAAAGGGGGCAAAAACACCAGCUAAGGGCGCGGCAGCAAAGGGUGCAGCAGCGAGGACACCCACCAGAACCCCAGAUAAGGCCGGGAGAUUGAAGCCUGGGGAACAAACAACACCUAAAGGAAGACAACCUCCUAAAGCGGGGUCUGCUAAGACACCAAAGGCAGCUGAGAAACCAGGUAUCGACCCCACCACUGUUCCUGAACAAUUCCUGCAGAAAACUGCCAAGGUAGUUUACAUCUAUGAGAAGAAACAUUCCAGAGCCUGUACGGGCCACCUCAAGAAGCUGGAUGACAAGGACAGGGAGAAGGUUCUGUUUUCCCCCAUCGACCAUCGCCUGCCCAGGCUAAAGGUCCCGCUGGAGGACUGUCCCGCAGGGUUCAAGGAACGACCAGAAGAUCACGCCAAAUUCCUCUUCAUCGCCAGAAUAACGGACUGGAAGGAGGACUCUGGGUUUGCUGAAGCGAGGUUAGCAAAGAGCCUGGGAGAGGCUGGACAGAUUGAGCCUGAGACAGAAGGCUUACUGGUGGAGAAUGGGGUGGACUUUUCCGAGUUCAGCGAAGUGGUUCUACAGUGCCUGCCACAAGAUUUACCAUGGUCCAUUCCAGCUGAGGAGUUUGAGAACAGGAGGGACCUCAGACUGGAUUGUAUCUUCACCAUUGACCCAGCCACAGCGAGGGACCUGGACGAUGCUGUGUCCUGUAACAAACUUGAUGACGGUACCUAUGAGGUGGGUGUUCACAUAGCAGAUGUGAGUUACUUCAUCCAGGAGAACACAGCCCUGGACCUGACAGCAGCCUGUAGAGCUACAAGUGUCUACCUGGUACAGAAGGUGAUUCCCAUGCUGCCCCGCCUACUGUGUGAACAACUAUGCAGCUUGAACCCUGCUGAGGAGCGUUUGGCCUUCUCUGUGAUCUGGAAGCUGACAGAGACCGGAGACGUGCUGGAUGAGUGGUUUGGCCGCACCAUCAUCCGAUCCUGCGUGAAGCUGAGCUACGACCACGCCCAGAGCAUCAUCGAUAACCCUGACCAGCUCCCCACCCAGGAGCAGCUCCCCACCAUCUCUGAUGGGCACUCUAUACAGGAUGUGGCAGAGAGGGUUCUCAACUUGUACAAGAUCUCUCAGAACUUGAGAAAGAAGAGAUUUGACGGAGGAGCUCUGAGGUUGGACCAGCCCAAAUUGGCAUUCUCCCUGGACCCUGAGUCAGGACUGCCCAACGGCUGCUCUGUGUACCAGAUCAGAGACAGCAACAGGCUGAUAGAAGAGUUCAUGCUGCUGGCCAACAUGGCGGUGGCUCACAAGAUCCACGAAUCAUUCCCGGAGCGAGCUGUCCUGCGGCGCCACCCCCCUCCCCAGCCCAAGAUGGUGGAGGACCUGGUAAAGACCUGUGGAACAAUGGGGAUUAACCUGGACAUCAGCAGCUCUGGGGCUCUACAUCAAUCCAUUGCCCGUUACAUUGGGGAUGAUGUGGAGACACAGGCCACUUUCUACAUCCUGACUGCCAUGGCAUCUAAACCUAUGCAGCUUGCAAAGUACUUCUGCAGCGGCUGCCUACCAGAAGAAGGGAUGUACCAUCACUACGCCCUGAACGUGCCUCUGUACACACACUUCACCUCACCCAUCAGGAGAUACGCUGAUGUCCUGGUGCACAGGCUGCUGGGGGCAUGUCUGGGUUGUGGUCCUGCUGUGGAGAAGUCUGCUGAGGAGCUACAGGGUAUGACAGACCACUGUAAUGACAGGAAGGACGCAUCCAAGAGGGUGCAGGAGGCCAGUGCCGACAUGUUCUUUGCCUCUUUUGUCAAGGAGUGUGGUCCUCUGGAGGAGGACGGCAUGGUGAUGGGAGUACUGGACCAGGCUGUGGACGUACUGGUGUGGAGACUGGGGGUCGUCAAAAGGGCAUACUGCAAUGCCAUCCCCUUGAAGAGCUAUGACUUUGAGAAGGUCAAUGGCCGUCCCCAGUUGACCUUGAACUGGGCAGAAGAUCCAGAACACCCUGAGCCGGCCACGCAGGUCCUGACGUACUUCAGCAGAGUACAGGUCACACUCCGGGCAAACGACCAACCGCUCAAGUACAGCGCUUUGCUCAAGAGGCCUUAGACAACCAGGCCAGAAAAAGAACAUCAUGGAAAAUGUGAACAGGCAGUCCGCCAUCUUGACAGAAAAAAAUGCCACAUUUUCCAAGCGAUGGAAUGUGGCACGCUCCGUGUUUUUUACAGAUGGAAAGAAAAAACAGAAAACUAGAAAAAAAUAGCAGCAAAAGUAUUGUAUUGUUAAAAAUUAACAAACAUAGAGUAAAGUUUUUCCUACUAGAAAUUUGUUUGCUAUUUGAAGAAGUACCAAUUUGCUACAAUGAUAUAUAAAUGUGUAUUGACUUUUCUCAAAGAGACUUGAAUAUUUGCAACUUUCCCUAGGAAUGAUAAUUUAAGUGGCAGUGUAAGCAGAAGUGACUGAUUAUCUAAGUACAAUGUAGCAAGAAUUUGUCUUUGACAACUAAAACUAUAGAGAAAUAAGAAGAACUCUGGAGCAAAUGAGGACUGUAGUGAAGUAGAAAAAGGUUUGACAAUGCUAUCUAAUGGUACUUACAAUUAUACAAUUUGGCCAAAUAUUUGUGGCACCGAGGCACUGUAUCUGUAUUAACUGGUUUGUUUUUUUGUUAUCGCAUAGUAUUUCAGAGAAAUUGUGUAUUUCAAGAAUAUUAUGUCUUGAUUAAGGCUAAGAAGAAUUAAGGCAGCUGCACUAACACCUAACAACACACCUACUGUUUCAAAGAAUUGUAGGCCAUAUGUUAUGGACUUAGUGGUAUGGAAUAUAACCUGUUUCAAGUGUGCUAUAUGCUUCGCUUGUUUUGUGGUGCUAUGUAGAGUCCAACUAACACUAGCAAUUUUGAAUGGUUGAAUUACAUGCAUGUUGCACUGAUUUAAUAACAAUUUAGUACAUAGGUUUAAUCAUUUGUGCAUCAUACAUUCACAUUAUUGCUUGAAAGCUUGUGUGGUUGUGAUUUGGGAAUUAUUUUGUGCCUAGACACUUGCUGCAAUUUGCUUCAAAUGAUUUUGCUGUCAUUUACCAUUUUGUCUAUUGAUGAGCCUUCCCAUGCCUUCAUGUUGUGGUUGUUUGUGAAAAGCAUUUCUAAAUUUACUCUCCAUUACCAAAGCUUUGGAAUGGAAUUAAUUGAGUCUUUGAGAUGAAACAUCUAUUGAAAUGACAAAUUUUGAACUCAAGCUGUUCUUUCAUUGUUGUGCCUGAUGGACUUUUCCUUAAGGAAAUACACCUUCUUGGCAUGGAUAUGUAAAUGUAGGUUCCUUUGCCUACUGUGACAAUAUUUGUGUAGAAGAUGACACAAGACCAUGUUAGUGUUUUCACUUUGAUGUUGCCAUAGCAUGCUUUCAUUUGUUGCAAAAAGACACUUUUUGGUAAAAGUUUCAAUUUUGAAUGUGUGCUUAUCAAAUUAACCUAGCCUUUUCUCUGAAUAGCUGUGCUAAAGCAUUAAUAUGCAUGUAUGCUGCAUUUUGAAGAUGUUUGAUUAUUUUUCAAUCACAACUUUUGAGUGGACUGUUGUUGUCAAAAAUAAAAUUUUGAGUUCUUUUGUGUUUGGAUAGCUAAAAUCACCAUAAACAAAAUGUUUUUGAAACCAUGCCUAAUAGAUACUCAUGACUUUUAUAAUACCAGUAUCUAUAAUAUUUGAAUGUUGUCCAGCAUACAUGUAGUGACUUAUAUUUGCUAACUUACCAACUGCCUUGGUCGUACCUCUGCUGCUCACUUCUGAUAUAUCAAUGUGCCAAGUGUGGAAGCUUUUGGAAGCUAAAUUUGUGGAAUUUUGAACAGCAAAAAAUUGUAGCUGUCCUUAACACGAUUGGGUGAAUUUGAAUGUGUACUUUGGAGGGACAGACAUGAAAAUGGAAAUAAAAGUUGCAGAUGUGCUAACUAGGA